CAGUCUGACUUACUGAGAUGCAAAUAAUGAAAUAAUUGUAAAUUUAUUAAAUACCUUGUAUGAGGACAGAGACAUGUCUCGUUUUGAUGUGGAGAAGUUUGACACCCCACCAGAUCCGGAGCUGGUCUGUUGUAUUUGUCAGUGUGUGUUGGAUGGCCCAGUAGAAAGCCCAUGUCGCCACGUCUUCUGUAAAAUCUGUAUAGAGACGUGGCUGCGUCACAACAGGAACUGUCCAACGUGUCGCCAUCGACUGAAAAAAAGACAUCUUAAACCAAUCCUUCCCAUCGUACAAAACAUGUUAAACCGUUUGUCGAUGUUUUGUGAUUUUAGAAUUAAUGGCUGUCAAGAACGAGUGACUUUGGAGAUGUACGACAAACACAUCAAUGAGUGUGACUUCAAAAUGAUGAAUUGUAAAUACGAAAAAUGUUUUGAGUCAGUUUUACGCAAGUUUCUGAAGAAACAUGAAGAAGAGGAGUGUGAACACCGAGAGAAAUUGUGCACCAGGGUGUGUGGCUUGAUGAUUCCUGUGAGAAUUUAUGAAGGUCAUGACUGCAUCGAAGAACUAAGGAAGUACUCCUUAGAACAAUAUUCCUUAGUUGAUACCCUGAAGAAAAAAGUAAAUGAGCUGAACGCCAUGACUGAGAAAUUAAACCAACAAAUAGAGGCACUGAGACGAGAGCAUGGUAGAAGUCCAUCAUACGAUUUCCUCAUGUCAUCAAGUGAGAGUCCAUAUUCGAUGAGUUCGUAUGAUGACUAUAGCCAGUACAGUGACAGAUUCUCCGACCCAGAAGACAGACAUCAUGGGAUGACUUUUGAAGAAUUUGACCGUGAGGACAGAAACUUCUGGAGAAGCAUGCGGGACUUUGGAGAUAGUCCGAGGAGGAGGAGAAGACGAUACGGGCGGGGGGAUCAGAGAGAUGCUAGAGAGGACCAUUCUGGAGAGAUAGAUGUUGUUAACACUCCCCCUAGAUCCCCCUCCCCAUUUAAUGACCAGGACGAGAGUGAUGUAGAAGUAGAUGUAGUGAAUGAGUCUGAUGUGGAUAGAAAUAGUCGGCGACAUGAAAUCUACUCACCCCAGUCUUCUCACCGUGGCAGACACUGGAAUGACGGCUCGUCUGAAAGGUCUUAUCACUCACGAUCUUAUCAAUCCAGGCGAUCCUCGCGGGAUAAUUCCAGAAGUUCUUCUCGAGAAUCCCGUUAUAGCAGACACAGUUUAUCAAGAAGCAGGAGCUCAGACAGAACCCUGAGGAACCGUAGCUGGAGCUCUCACCAUAGUGAUAGAUCGGAACACAGUGAAUUCAGUACUCCAAGUCGAUCAUUCCGAUCCUCAAGAAGUACAAGUCCAAACUCUAUUCUAUCUGGUGAAUCUAGUUUGUAUCACUUUCGGAGGAGACGUACAUCUAGACGCUUUAUUUCAUCUUCAAGAUCCCGUUCAAGAUCUUAUUCAAGAUCCCGUUCAAGAUCUCGAUCAAGCCAUUUUUCACCAGAUUAUUUUUCCUCUAGUCCUACUUCACCAGAUAAUUUUCACUCCAGAAGUCAUAGUUACUCUGACAGAAGUGAAUCAAGCCACAAUUCAGAUAAAGAUGGAACAGACAUAGAAUCUGAUAAUGACAGUUAUGUCUCAAGGACAAGCCCCAGAUUCUCCCAUCAAGAAGACCUAGACUACAGAAACCAAACUGGAGGGGAUUAUGACAGGAGAGAAAUACAAAGGAACAGGAGGUCAUCAGACCAAAGUGAGGAAUUAGACAGUAGUGAUGAUACACAUCGUGCCACCAGAGAAUGGUUGCCAAGGAGGAGGAAUUUCAGAGAGUCACCUGAACAGCAUGAGAGAGGAAAUAGCUCCCGGGAUCAGCCUGAACAAGACGAGAGAGGAAAUCACUCGGGGGAUCGACUAGAAGAACAUCAGGGAGAAAAUCCCUCCAGGGAUCAGCCAGAACAACCUCAGAGAAGUCACCUCCCUGAGAGGCCUCGCACAAGGUCACAGCAGACGUCAUACAGCAAGGAGGCAUACUCUCCAGAAAAAUCUGCUGCUAAAAGAUCGCAGAGUGACAGCGGCUUUGGAGAGGGAAGCUUAAGUAGUACUGAAAAUGUCCAACCAAGAUCAGCCUCCAAACGAAAGAGAACAGAAACUAUAAGUUCCACCAAUGACAGUGACAAUGGUGACAGCAAACGAAGAAAAAAAGAACAAACUUCAAUGGGGCUCUCCUCAUACCACACCACCACAACAGAGCACCAAUCGCGAGGUCAAAUGUCAAAUUCUUGGUGUGGAACUAGUUCUGCAGAACACCAAUCAAGAAAUCAGCGGUCAAAUUCUGCCACUGAGCACCAAUCUAGAGGUCAGAGGUCAAAUUCUAAGCAGUGUACAGUGACAUCACAGAGAGUGUUUCAAGACACGAGGUCCGAGUAUUCUGGACUGGAUACAGAGAACUACAACUCAGACACGGAUUAUACCUGGGAGCCUGGGACCUCCCCCGAGGACAGUGAUGUAACCUCCUCCUCAGUGUACGACACAGGAAGUGACUACGAGGUGCUGGUCCCUAAAUCAGCGGGUCAGCUCCUGUCCGAGUACGCGUCUGAUGAAACAGACGAAAGCUGGAACCCUGAGUCUCCUAACUGACACAAAUCACCACAGGAAACUGCUGCCAACUGACACAACUCACCACAGAGAACUGCUGCCAUGUAGUCAGAUUGCUGUCUGGUGGUUCAUUUGGGAAGCAACUCUAUUAAACUGUUGUUAAAAAUUAAGUGUCUUUUUUUUUUAAAAGAAAAUGGUGGUUUUCUUUACAUUGGAUGUACAUGAGGUUGUUGUAUUUUCAUUAUAAUUUGCCAUCAGUGUUUUCUUACUGGCAAAUUAAUGAAUGAAAGCAGGUGAUAAAUAUCUGUACUGUUAUAGAAAAACAAGUAACUGGUGAAAUUAACAUAAAUUUCACUUUAGUAUUUACAUUCCUUGAUUUGUGUAAGAAUUUCAAUAUUUACAAAUAACGUACUUCACAUAUUCUGUGUUAAUUAGUUGGUUCUUACUGUUUUUUUUGUAAAAUUGUUUUUGCUGUGGUAUUGAAUUCUUUUGGAGAAUUUAGAUUUACUUAAUUUGAGAGAAGCUUAAGAUUUUUAUUUUCUUAACAAAAUUAUAUCUCGAAACAAUCUAAUUUGUUAUGUACUUAGUUUAUGAUAAGUUUUUUAAAGGAAGAUUUUGUUAUAUACUUCAAUCUCUACAAUUAUGAAAUCUAUUUGGUAUAUACCACAAUUUACACUUACAAACAAAGACUAUUAAGUAUUUGGUAUAUACCUCAAAAACAAUAUUUAGUGUUUAUCUCAGUCUUAACACUCGCAAAGACAGUAUACACAUCAACCUCGAUAACUGUACUGUUCUGUAAAUAUAAAUAAUGUAUGUCAACAUAAA